AUGAAGUUCAGAGCUGUUUACACAGAAGAAGGCCUUGUGUCGUCCUCAGAACUCUCAGCUUUCAGUAGCAGCUAUUGGUGCGAAGGGGUGAGAAAAGUUGCCAAACCUUUCUGUGCAGGACAAAGCAAAGAGAAACACUGCAUCCGCUUUAAUAGCCCUGAUGCCAACAACAGCAACGCUGUGCAGUACAUCUGGGAGACGGGCGACGACAAGUUCAUCGACCGCAAGUUUCACGCUGGGAUCUGGUAUUCCUGCGAGGAAAAUAUAAAUGGGAAAGGAGAGAAAUGUAGAAGUUUCAUCAGCUUGACUCCACCUACUGAUCGAGGAGUUCUAUGGCUGUCUAUUGUAGCAGAGAUACUGUACAUUAUUUUGCUUCUGGCUGGAGCCAUUCUUAUGUCAACAGAAGUGUGCUACUACACCACUGGCAUUGAUGGGCUAAAGAUCAACGCCUUUUCUGCUAUAAUCACUGUACUAGCAGGUCUUCUGGGCAUGGUUGCUCACAUGAUGUACACCACUGUAUUUCAAAUGACUGUCAACCUUGGUCCUGAAGACUGGAGACCUCACACAUGGGAUUACGGCUGGUCCUACUGCCUUGCAUGGGGUUCCUUUGCUUGCUGUAUGGCUGCAGCUGUCACCACUAUUAACAAAUACACAAAAACUAUCUUGGAGUUCAAGCACAAAAGAAAAAAGCUGGAAAGGACUUUAAAGAUUAAAUACAAGUUUCCUGAUCCUGCAGCUCCAGAGAAAGCUUGCAAUGUGUAUGUGAACUCUUUUCACAAAACUCCAGAGGACCCUGCACAUCGAAUAAAAGGCUUUCAUCACCUGGCUAAUAUUUCAAUUCUGUAAAUUUGAACCGCACCUCAAGGCAUCCUGUGAAUUCUAAGAUCUUCCUUAAUACCAGAGGCAACAAUGGCAAAGAACAGCUCUGGGAAGAAGGUCCGAAUGUAAACUGCUGCCCUGGGGAUAGGAUUGGCCAUAAGAACUUCCUGCUUCUUCCUGCUCACUGUGCGCAAGACUUCUUCUGCCACCUCCACCGGKUGCACGCCGUAUGUCAACUUCCUGAAAAAGACUGUACAGCAAACCAGUGAGGAAUGAAAGGCAAACACAUCUGGGGAAAUGGUGGGGAAAACUAUACCAGCUGUCACACCAGCAGUUAAGUUCCGUGCCCUUACCCCGUUCUAUCCCUUCUCCUUCUUGUGACCAUCCACUCUAAGGUCUUUUUGUGAAGUUGAAGUCUUUUCCGUUAGAGUCCUCACAUUCCUUAAAUGAAGGAGGAACUUCAAUGCAGCUGAGCUCUCAUUUAGAAAACAUAUUUGCAGGUCUCAAGAGUCUGGACACGCCAGCUUUUCUGUUUACUGUCAGUGAGUAUUUAGGCAUAAAGCAAGGUUGCUUCAGCGUGAAGACAGCACCAAGGCAACAGGGAGUGCAUGAAAAGGUGGAACUGACCUGCUUGUGGGCGAGCAGCAGUGCAGCGCAGAAUGUUCUCGGCCCUGAAGGUUAUUUUCCUGGAUAUCUCCAGAGCUCCCUUCCAACCCAAUCUAUUUUGUGAUUCUGUGUUUCGUGAAGUCCUACUAUAUUCCUAAGGGCUGACUUGGCGAAAGAAAAGCCUUUGGGGACAUCAGAAUGAAUUUUGAUGAAUGUAUUAACCUGUUCUGGAGAAACCAACAAAUUAGCACUUGCUGCUGAUGAUGAAGGGCUGAAAUGGCUGCAUUUCAGGCACUUCUGUGGUGCAUAAGCAACCUCUUCAAAAAACAACAGUCACAUGAGGCAGCUCUCCAAACCUCUAACAGCAGCAAGAGCAGUUUGUCUGGUUCUCCAAAUGUCUUUACUCUCCUUUAGCAUCCCUGUCAUGCUCCUCUUCUCUCUCGCCUGUGCUGCCCAGUUCAAACACUUCUAGUUUCACUGUUUAGUGAAGUUACAGAAACAGAAAUAAUAAAACCAAUUUUCUUCAGUGGUACAGAUCUGCAAAGGGCUGUGCCUAUUUUACUUCACAUGAGGUUAAAUUCAGCCUCUUCUCUCAGGCAAGAGAGGGAAUGGGUUCUUUAGUUAGUAUUAGUAGAUGGCCAAAUUCCAUAGACAAAACUUAAUUUGGAAACUGAAGCCUGACAGCCAACAGGCCCACAUUGUCUGACUUGUAUUUCCUGCCUUUUCCAAAUGAGAUAGGCCUCUUGCCUGUCUACUGUGGCUUACUUGUGGUCACAACACUUCUACGGUACAUGGGCACCACUGAUCAACAGACUUCAAUUCAGCGCACGCUUCUACUAAAAGAGAUGAUCAGCACAGGGGACUUGCUCACACACAUGCUGCUUCUCUGGGAAGCAAGAGAACAGAAGCUUUCUGGUCUUCCAUCCUUUCAUCCAUUCCUACCUCUAGUACACUUUCUACUACUGYGAUUAUGAGUGUCAUCUUACUGUUAUCUCAGUGUCUCAAUUCCUGAAACAAGAGAUCCUAUGAAAUACAGAAAAUGAGCCUCUUCCCCUCCAUUCUCAACUUGAGGCAGAACAAAUCCUCUGGCAUUUUCUAUUCAGCCUCUUGUAGCAAAAGAGAGUAGAUGUUGCAUUCUUUAGUUUUACUGAGCGUUUACUCUACUUUUUCUCUGUUCUUCCUUACUAAUCUACCUGUCUCUCACUGACCCAUACGUAGCGCCUUCCGCCCUYGGUCCUUUUGUGUCACGUUCUACCCCCAAUCUUCAUAGUUUCUUUACUCACAUAAUGUCCCCUUUCGCUUUCUUCCUCUAAUCAGACUUAUUUGAUUUCUCCAUUCUCAACUUUUUUCUUUUAAUUGCUUCCUGAUGAUCAAUCCUUUUCCCCAUAUUGCUUUCUCCURUUUUGAGAUAUGGCUACAUAUGGCUCUUUUUAUGCAUCAAAACUUACAUUUCCAAAUUAAUGCCUCCCAGUUGCCAGAUGCCGACUGACGAUGGUAUGAACAGAUGAAGGUUGGACUCACAGUGCUGACACAAAUACCGAAUU